GGGAGAACAAGUCUGAAUAAAAAGGCAGUGACUUGAUUAAAGAACUAAUUUAGAAAGUGAAUUAAAAAAGAAGCCAUAGGUAUAGCGCCUGAGGGAAAAAAACAUGCAAUUGUAAAGUUUGAAGAACGAAUUUGCAGGCUUGUGUGUUUAUGUGAUAUGUGUGGCAUUGUAAAUAGUUAGAUUAAUUUAAAGAACCUUUUGAGGGUUUUUUUUCUGCAAAAUACGAUUGUAAAAUAUUAAAAACAUUAGUAAUUUGGGACUGUAUACUGAAAAUGGCGCUGCAGUGCAAACUUUUCAGUCUACUUAUCACCAUUUUCUUUGCACAAUCAUGCCAUGCAAUCAAAUGCUUCCACUGCAACAGCGCUAACAACUCGGCGUGUUUGGACCUCCACCUGAAGAAGAUGAACGCCAUCAUCCCCGUCGUGGACUGCGGCAGGACCGCGCAGGCUGACAGCCAGGAGUUCUUCUGUCGGAAGAUCACGCAGACAAUUCUCCACGCGGACAAGUCCCCCGAGCUCCGCAUCACUCGCGGCUGCGGCUGGGUGCGGCACCGGCGGGAGUGCUACACCAACGACAACAAGGACCACCUCGAGACCGUCUGCCAGUGCUUCGGGGACAUGUGCAAUGGAGCCUCGACCGUCAGCCAGCAUGUUGCGGUGGUGUUAGCGAUAGCGGUUGUAGUUGUAGGGUUUUUUGGAUGUCGAGGUUACGUUUGAGGGUUGAUUGGGAUUGUUGGGUUUUAGGUUAGGCUGGUGUGUUGGUUGAAUAAAGUUGCGUUGAAUGUUGGA